AUGACUACUUUGCAACUCCCUCAAACCCUUAACUUUGCCAGUGAAACGUAUAGUUUCGGAGGCACAUACAACCCAGAUAAGCAACAUCAACAUCACCAACGUAACCACCACCAUAAGCACCCCCAUCAUCGUCAUCGCAGACUUUUUUCAGCAGCUGCAACUUUACCGGUAUCAUUAGAGUCACCCAAGCUGAGUUCAAGGGUUAUUCAUGAGACGGUUUCUGAGAAUGAUUCUUUCCACGAUUAUGCCACUGUUAUCAUGGAUGUGUUGGAGUGUUACGUGGAGUCUUCCCCAACUUUAGAAGAGAAGUUAACUCAGUUGGAAGAAGAAGUUUCUCAAGAGAUGGGCAACAAUGAGUUGAGAGAAGAAAAGUUAAUCGAGUUAGGAGAGGAGCAUGACUCUCAGAAUAACAAAGUUGAAGCUACUGCUGAAGUAGUUGCUGCUAUACAAACACCGGCUAAGCAAACUACCACUUUCAGGCAAAGUUCAACCCAGCACUCGUUUUUUAACAACAUUAAACGCAAUUCAUUUUUCCAUCCAGCUAGUUCAUCAAUGUUUGAUUUUCAGUUAAAUAACAAGUCGUAUUUCGCUCAACCGGGUACUCAGAAGCACCAACAAGAGCAAGAUACUGAUGAUGAUUUUAAUGAUUGUGUCAGUUUGAGAUCUUACAACUCUACUAUUUCGGCUCAACCUAAGAAGAUGAGCAGAAAACAUCGCAAAAUGAAUAAACGGGUGAAGUCAUUUACACAAAGAGUCAAGAAUGAGGAUGUCUCUCAUCGUUUAGCUGGGUUGUUUCAAGAUGAUCAUGACAUUUGGGCAAAGGAAAAAGUGGAAAAUGACUUGUCAGUUGGAACUAUCGAGGAGGCCAACACCAGUUGUUGCUGUACCCGUUGUGAUGAUAAAACCAAGCGCAGAGUUGUCAUCAAAGAGCUGGAGAAUGAAUAUAUUUACCCCACUCCCACUAUAACUAGCUUUAGAAGGACCAUCAGUCGCAGGUUUCAUUUCUUUAAGCAUCAAGUAAUGUGA